AUGUUUCCCACCGCCAUCCGUCUGUCUGCUGCCCGCGUCACCCUCUUCACUCGCGCAAACUGUGGUCUCUGCGACACCGCCAAACACACCGUCACUCAGCUGCACAAGCGUCGCCCUUUCGACUACUCCGAGCUUGAUGUUCAGCUCCCGAGAAACAAGGCCUGGAAGGAUGUCUACGAUUUCGACGUGCCUGUUCUGCACGUGCAAUCUGUCCAGGCAGAUUCGUCGUUGUCCGAUCCGAAAAAGCUGUUCCAUCGGUGGACGGAACAGGAGAUGGAGACCCUGAUCGACCAGGUGGAGAAGCAGUAG